AUGAAUAUGUCUGAAACAAAGGCGUCUUUGAGGUACUCCUCGAAAAACAGUUUUUCUUACGAGAAGGAGAUGUCCUCUACAACCCUCCAAAUAACAAAAAAUCGGGAUGAGAUAAUAAAGAACAAGGUGUACUGUCCGAUCGAGCUGAAAAAUGUGUACAAGUUACUGGAGGAUAGCGACCAGCUCCUGAGGAAUAAAAACCUCAACGAGGAGUACCUUCUCGAACACAACAGCAAAGUAAACGAAUUCGUGUCACUCUGCGAAAGUUACAAAGUCAACGUGAGCAACCAGAACAAGCCAGAACUGAAAAAAACAUACAACUCGAUAGAGAAAAAUAUUCACUACCUAAAUAAACAUAUCGAAACAGCUAAAAAGGACAACAUCAUUUUAAAAAAAAAAUUGAAAAAGUCAACAGACCCAUUGUUCAUUUCUACAUUGGAGCAAAAGUACAAGCAAGUUUGUCUAGAUAUUGAAAAUAGGAAGAAGGAAAUAAAAUUUUUAAAAGACAGCAUACGAAAAAAUGAAAAACUGUUGGAUUCAAAUAAAAGGAAACCGAACAAGAUUUCCUUGGAGAAGGAAUACAAAAAUUUGCUCAAUCAGCAGUCGACGCUGUGCUCUCGGCUCAUCCAGCUACAGAAUGGAAACCGUCUCUACGAGGAAAAUAUUUUCAAAAUCGACGCCCAGCUGGAUGAAAUAAAAAAAAUGAACGAACUUAACAUAGACAAAAAAAGGAAGACGAUGACCUGGUGGGUAUUGAAAAUGACGCAUCCAAGGAAAAUCUUGAGCGACGUAUAUUCAUCCUCAACACAAAGAGGGACGAUUUAA